CAAGUCACUAACCUCAAACCCUGCUCAACAUCAUACCGAAGACUAUAGGACGAAAUAAAGAAUGCGAAAUAUGUGAUAGUGAGUGCAUAUGUAAUUCGAAUGUGAUAUUUUUUAAAAUGCCAUUUCCGUGAACCAAUUUUUUGCUUUACCUAAAUUUUGUGUUUGCCUAUCGUAACAACUGUUGCUCCUGAACCACCUUCUCAUAGUCACGCAAUGGAUACAUCGUUAUCAUGGGAAGAAAUUUGCGAUGCUUUUCCAAUUCUCAAGAAUAAGGAUCGAAGUGACUGCACUGCUGAUAAAUUCAACAUAUUACAUGGGAAGAUAUUAAAUUCUGGCUCAGAAUGGGAGGUGAUAGAGCUUGUGAUGGAUCGGAUUGAGCUAGAGCUUCGUCAGAAUGUUGCGCCUAGGUUUUGGGGAAAAUUUACCUCUCGCAGCACAGAAAUGGAAGGUUUUGAGAAGUUUAAAGAAGCUGUUUCAACGUUGUAUGGAACUCUGUCUCUCUUCCUCCCUACUCUUGAGCGCCUUGAAACACUGCGUAACUCUCCCAACAAUCCUGAAUACAUCUGCGGAGAAAAACGACUUCUUGAUACUUUCAAAGUAAUCACUCGAGCCACUCUGCACUCUCAAUUACCCAUAGAUUAUCAGAUUAUCACAGAGGACUUUUAUAAAGUGGCCUUUACUGUGUUCUGUAACACUGACAAAUCGGAUCUCAAUGAGUCAGCUGAAGAUGCUAUCCAGUGCAGCGGCUGUAAUCUGGAGACUGAUCAAUGUCAGUGUAAAAAUAUCAUCCAAAUUUUCCAUGAAACUAAUAGAAUGUUAAUUGAAUUGGGAUUGUUAGAAAGGCUGGCUGGAGACGUUUUGACAAGAUUAAUUCACAAACGAAUUGAGAAUCAUGUUCAAGAAACCUGUAAAGGUAGCUUCGAUACGUCUUACACCAACACAUUGGAGGAGUGGUUAGAGACUGUUGUUAUGGGAUGGCUCACUAAUAUUUAUGGUGGUGGUUCGUCCUCAGAGAACAGUGUAUCGUUGAAUUCUGAUGAGACUCAAAAUUUCUUGAGAAAGUUCAAGCAGAAAUUAGAACAUUUGUUGUAUGAAACAUAUACGCGAACCAGGAUUGAGCAGCUUUUCAACAUUAUUAUCGAAUACCCAGACUCAGAGCCAGCUGUUGAAGACCUGAGGCUUUGUCUUGAAAAAACAGACCUACGUGGUCAUCUGAUGGGGAAGUUGCAGCGUGCCUUGGAAACAAGGCUUCUACAUCCAGGUGUGAAUACACCUGAUAUCCUAACUGCAUACAUCGCUGCCAUUCGUGCUCUGCGCCAGUUGGAUCCAUCGGGUGUUCUCCUGGAUACAGUAACUCAUCCAAUCAGACAAUAUUUGCGCUGCCGGGAAGACACAGUCCGUUGUGUGGUGACUAGUCUCCGGGAUGAGGGGCCAAACGACCUGGCAGAGGAAUUGCAACGCGGCCAAGACUCACCUGCUGAAGAUGGAACGACCAAUUGGGAAAAAUGGAUGCCAGAUCCUGUCGAUGCAGAUCCUUCUAAAUUAUCAAAAGCACGACGUACCUCGGAUGUUAUAUCAAUGCUUGUUAGUGUGUAUGGUAGUAAGGACUUGUUUGUAAAUGAGUACAGGACAUUGUUAGCUGAUCGUCUUUUGGCACAAUUCACAUUCAACACAGAUAAAGAAAUUAGAUAUCUAGAAUUAUUGAAAUUGAGAUUCGGGGACUCACAGCUGCAUUAUUGUGAAGUCAUGCUGAAAGACAUCCAUGACUCAAAACGAAUGAAUGCACACUUGCACUCGGAUCCUGCUUUUGAGCUCUCUAACAAACAGUUCGUGGCAACAGCAAUCAUUUUAUCUGCUCAGUUCUGGCCUGUCUUUAAGGAUGAAACAUUGGAACUACCAGAAAUUGUCAAAGAGCACCUCAAUGUUUACACUAAGGCCUUCGAAACACUUAAAGGGAAUCGAACAUUGAGUUGGAAACCUCACUUAGGUGCCGUAAAUUUGGACAUUACAAUAAAAGACAGAACAGUGAAUCUAACGGUGACUCCAAUACAUGCCACUAUUAUUUGUCACUUUGAAACAAAACCAGAAUGGACUAUUGAUGAACUCAGCCAAGUCAUGCAUGUUCCUCCAACUGUUCUAAGACGUCGCAUAGCAUUUUGGCAAUCGCAGGGAUUAAUAUGGGAAGCCUCAACGGACAAGUUUAUCCUUGUUGAAGACUCAGUUUCUGGGAAGUGGAAAAGUGAUGUCAGGAGUGAAAUGGUGUGCGAAGAAGAAGAAACGGAAAGUGCUAUGGCUUCUGCUCAUGAUCAGCGAGAAGAAGAACUUCAGGUGUUUUGGUCGUAUAUUGUUGGAAUGUUAACAAAUCUGGACUCAAUGCCUUUGGAAAGAAUUCAUCAAAUGUUGAAAAUGUUUGCAUCCCAAGGACCCUCUACAGUUGAGUGCAGUCUACAAGAAUUGCGGCACUUUUUAGAGAGGAAAGUUAAGGAACAAAAACUAAUAUUCAGUGGUGGACUUUAUCGGUUACCAAAACCUUAAUCGUUGGUAUGUUUGUUUCAACUUAUGGAUCUCUAAUUAUACUCUCUGAGAAACCUGUCUAUGUACCUGAUCCUCCUUAUGUCUACUUACCAUUUGCAACUUAAGGAAGACUCGUUCAGCCAAUAGUGCAAUUCAUGGUAAGUUAAUGGAAUAUUUACUAUUUUUGCUUUGCAAAGCCAACUCUUUAAAGAAUUUUUCAAAAAUCACUUUUCAUAAAGUUACCUAUCGACAUCAGGGGUUUUUUGAGGUCAAUUGAAUCUCUAAUUUUAAAGAGUGUUAGCGAAAUAUUGUGCUAAAAAAAGUAUUUUUUUUAAAAAAAUCUGAAAUCUUUUAAUAAAAGUUUUUGAAUUUUUUAUUAUCUUUAUAUUUAUGUCGGUUGUUGACGAAACAGACGCCUUAUUGCCAUUUAAAAUUGUAUAGUCAUUUAUUUCCAAACUAUGAGUAAGAAAUAAAUUGUGAUUAAACAUUUUUAUGAACUUAUGAACAAAUUCU